AUGGCCAGCUGGGGCAUGGGCUGGUUCGGCGGCGGUGGGAAGAAGAAAGAUGGUGCCAAAGACGCGAUUCUCGGGUUGCGAUCACAGCUGGAAAUGCUGUCGAAGCGGGAGAAGCAUCUACAGACCCAGAUUGAUGAGCAGGAGCAGAUAGCGAGGAAAUACGUCAACUCGAAUAAGAACUUGGCGAAGGCGGCACUGCGGAAGAAGAAGCAAUGGGACACGGCGCUGGAACAGACCCAGUCGCAGGUGAUGACUCUUGAGCAGCAGAUCUAUUCGAUCGAGUCGGCAAAUAUCAAUAAGGAAACGCUGGCAGCCAUGCAGAAAGCCGGCGUCGCAAUGAAAGGCAUCCACGGCGACCUGACCGUAGAUAAGGUAGAUCAACUCAUGGAAACCCUCCGCGACCAACACGCCAUCGCCGAAGAAAUUGGCGAUGCCAUCACGCAAGGCGCCGGCCAGCAGAUCGACAACGACGAGCUGGAGGGCGAGCUGGAGGCGUUACAGCAGGAGGAAUUGGAUAAUAAGAUGUUGAGGACCGGGCCGGUUCCCGUUGGUGACGAAGUGUCCAGAUUACCCGCGGUCGCGACCGGAGAAAGUAAGUCGAAAGCCACCCGCAUCGGAUCGGAGGAGGAAGAUGAAGAGGCAGAGCUGCGGAAAUUACAGGAGGAGAUGGCCAUGUGA